UUCUGGCAGGUUGUUCCACACUCUUGAGGGCGGGCUCCUAGGCACACUCGACAAAAUUUCUAACUGCUCCUGGCAUUCUCUGUCUGUUUCUGACAGUGUUUUGAGUCCAUUACAAUGGCUGAUCACACUACUCCAGAUUACUUCAGCUGUUCUCUGUGUCUAAACCUCCUAAGGGACCCUGUGGCUAUCCCCUGUGGCCACAGUUUUUGUAUGGACUGCAUCAGUGGCUACUGGAAUGAAGCUGACUACACGGGGAUUUACAUUUGUCCCCAGUGUAAGAUCACAUUCACCCAGAGGCCGGUACUGCGACCAAAUGCCACUCUGAGCAUGGUGGCUGAGAAGAUCAAGAAGAGCGGUCUGACCCUCAACCUCAACACGUCCCAGGGGAACCUCUAUGCUGGACCAAGUGAUGUCCCCUGUGACUUCUGCUCUGGAAAGAAAUUAAAGGCUGUGAAGUCCUGUCUUAACUGUCUGGCGUCCUACUGCGAGAAGCACCUGAAGCCACACUAUGAAUCAGCCACAUUCAAAAGGCACAAGCUGGUGGAUGAGCUGGGAAACCUGGACAGGAAGAUUUGCCCGCAACACCAGAAGUCCCUGGAGCUCUUCUGUCGAACAGACCAGAUGUGUAUCUGUGCUAUCUGCACAGUCAGUGAACACAGGGGCCAUGACAUUGUCUCUGCUGAGGCAGAGAGGGGCGAGAAACAGAAACUCUUGGGAGUUUCCCAAGCUGAGAUUAGACAAAAAUGCCAGGAGAGGAUGAAGGAGCUGGAGGAACUGAAGACUGCUGCAGAUUCACUGAAGAACUCGGCCCACAGAGCCAUGGUGGAGAGCCAGAAGAUGUUUGAGGACAUGAUCCGCGCCAUUGAGAGGAUGAGGUCAGAGGUGACCAAGCUGAUUGGUAUCAAUGAGAAGGCUGCUUUCAACCAGGCUGAGGCUUUGAUCGAGCGUCUGGAACAAGAGAUUGAUGAACUUAAGAAAAAAGAGUCCGGCCUCAAGCAGCUGUACAGCACCGAUGACCACAUCCAUUUUCUGCAGAACUUCAACUACCUCUGCACCCCCACUGAUGACAGCUUCAUACCCAGAGUGACGGUGAAUCCUGACUUCUCCUUCGGGGCUGUCAGGAAAGCUGUGGCUGAGAUCAAGGAACGCCUCGAGGAGUUUGGCAGAGAGGAGCUGCUUAAGAUCUCCAAGUCAGUGACUGAGGUCCCAGUGUACACUACAGAAAGUCGAACAUUGGACAGAAGGAGCAGAGGCAAAGAAAUGGCAGUGGACAACGCUCCUCCUCCAGAGCCAAAGGGCAGAGCAGAUUUUGUGAAAUACUUCUGCCAGCUGAAACUGGACCCUAGCACAGCCUACAAGGAGCUUUACAUCUCUGAAAACAACAGAAAAGUCAUCCGCACCAGGGACCUGCAGCCCUACGGAGACAACACGGAGAGGUUUGACAGCUUUGCCCAGGUGCUGUGCCGGGAGGCCCUGUCCGGAGGCCGCUUCUACUGGGAGAUCGAAUGGAGUGGGGAGUUCUCCGUUGGAGUGGCCUACAAGAGCCUUAGCCGGAAGGGCAAAGGCUCACUGUGUCUGCUGGGCUACAACGACAAAUCCUGGAGUCUCCUGUGUUCUGACACAGGUUACUCCGCCUGGCAUAACCGGGUGGACAAAGCCAUCAACGCCCCCCACUCCCCCAGGAUAGGCGUGUACCUGGACCACACUGCGGGUGUGCUGGCAUUUUAUAGCAUUGGCAGCACCAUGACCCUCCUGCACAGGUUUGAGACCAAAUUUGUUGAGCCCCUCUAUCCAGGCUUUGGAGUUGGAACCUCAGUCAAGAUCUGCAACAUCAAAUGAACACUGAUAUCUGAGCUCUUAUCUGAAAAUCUGAACAUAUUUUCCAUGUGCUUCUCAUAAUAUACAGCAAUGCUUUGGUAAAACGUAUUUUUGAAAAUUUGGAAACUGUACCAAACUACAUUAUUAUUUAAGAAAAAUAUCCCUCUUAAAUGCGGUAUAUACUGUUUUUUUUACUCUACACAUUAUACAUUGUUUUGCAUUGUGCUGUUAAAUCACAUUUACAAGACAUUAUCGAAAUACAUAAUUACUACAUAAUCCCACAAACACAAUAUAAAUACAAGUGUUAUCCUUUUUUUGCAUAUAAUAAUAACUGCUUGAUAAUAUUACAUAUUAACAUGUCUGCACGCAUGUGCUCGCCUCUCAGUGAGCUAAACGUGUUAAUGUUACAUGCACAGAAUACAUUUUUACACUACAUAUUACUUCACAAAGGGUGUGACAUAUUUCAAGUGAUGAUGUAAUUAUAAAGCACAAUGAGUGUACAGUGAGUUAACCUGUUGUACAUUUUUUUAUGAUAGGUCAUUACAUUGUUGGCCAAUAUUAUUGCAUAAUUCAUUUCUAAUAUAUUACACUCUUACGAUCGGUAUGAUUAAUACAACAAGCUUUAUAUUGGUGCUUUUACAGGUAUUAUUAUGGUUCCAACACCUCCAGAAGAAUAUUUCAUCGUCAUUUCACUGUCAUGUUUUGAUAUCAUCUGAUAGUUGCUGAGAGUAUUUACAGUGUUUUUUUACUUCACUUGAACUAACCCCUAUUUAAUUUGAUGUAUAUUUACUUGUAUAAUGGACAACCAGAGUAUAAUUGAUACCAAGAAAAGACUUGUUUUGUAACAAAAUUAUUCAUUGCAAGUUCUAAAUAAAGAGCUACAUGAA